GAAGAAGAGGAAGAGGAGGAAUGACACGAAAGCAAAUCAACGCAGCUGUUAGGAGGGAAAUGCAAAAGGAAAGGAAAAAAGCGUACGCUGUUGGAACGUACGGACAACAUGGUUCUGCGUACGUUUCAUCAGCGUACGCUUCCACAGGAUACGCCGCAGCACCACCGCCGCCUCCACUGUCAUAUCCGCUGCCUCCACCGUCGUACCUACCACCGCCGCCUCUACCGUCGUAUCCGCCGCCUCCAGUGUCGUAUCCGCCUCCAAUGUAUCCGUAUUAUUAUCGCGGUUAUUAUUAAAAGAGAUGUAAUUUUUUUAUAAAUAAAAAUUUUUAAUUGAA